AUGGAAAAGUCAAUAAAUGGCGCCAUUCUGAAGAAUCAAAACAAGAUUCUUGUCCUGGUUUGGGUCUGGCUUUUUAGAGAUCACUUUCCAUUGGACAGAUGCCAGACAGAGUUUGGUAUUUCAGACUGUAUGCUUACAGCAAACCGGGAUCUAUACAACAUUGCUGAUGCUGUGGUCAUGCAUAGAGAUAUCAUGUACGAAAAAGGAUUGAUGCCCCAGGAUCCAAGACCUAAUUUUCAACAUUGGGUUUGGUUUAACAUGGAGCCACCACUGAUAAUUAAAAACCUACAUUGGCUGGAUGGCCUUUUCAACAUGACAAUGACAUUUCGUAAGGAUGCUGAUAUCUUCAGACCUUAUGGUCAACUGAUAGCUUUUAAAAAUCCCCAAAAUAUCACCAUCCCCACCAAAUCCAAGAUGGUGGCUUGGGUAGUUAGUAAGUUCUACCCUGGUGCCUGGAGGACAGCAUAUUAUGAAGAACUGAAAAAAUAUAUUCCUAUUGAUGUUUAUGGAAAAGGACACAUCGAGUUGACCUGGGGUACGGGGCCUAAGACUAUUUCUCAGUAUAAAUUCUACUUGGCCUUUGAAAAUUCCAUCGCCAAAGAUUAUAUCACUGAAAAACUCUGGUCAAAUGCAUUUGGCACAUGGACCUUGCCAGUUGUGCUAGGGACCUCUCGUGAGAACUAUGAACGUUUUGUCCCUGGUGAUGCUUUCAUUCAUGUCAAUGAUUUUCCAAGUGCAAAGGACCUUGCCAUGUACCUUCUUGACCUGGACAAAGAUGAUGAGAAAUGCAAAAAGUAUUUCAACUGGAGGUCCCAAUACUAUGUGAAGACUGGGGGUGGGUGGCAAAUUAAUUACUGUCAGGUUUGUGAGACCUUGAAAAAUGGUCCUCAUUACCAGGUCAUACCUAGCAUAGAAAAAUGGUUUCUAGAAAAUAUUACCUCUUCAUAA